AUGGAAAGAAUCGAAAAUUGCUCAAAACGAAAGUGAAAAUCUGUCGGCACUGUAAUUUGUGCAGCACAUGUAUUCAAAGACUCUGGAGAAGUCAAUGUAGUUUUGAAUGUUGACGACCUUAUUAAUGAUAUUAUUCGUUGCCCUGGUCGCACAACAUCUUCUAGCGUUAUUUCAUAUAACCCUUCAUAUGAAGCUAUUUCAGAUCACAAAAGAAGAGAAAGCUUGUUUGACCAUAUAAGACGAGGGAGUAAAUCUGAUAUAAUUUCGAUUGAAAAACUUAUCUCAAAUGACCCCAGAAAAUUCCUUGUUAGUCCUACAAAUGAAAAUUCAUUUUUAAAUAAACGAAAUGUGUCAGGAAAGACGCCACUUUAUGAAGCUUCGUUAAAUGGAUAUCCUGAAAUAAUAAAAUUAUUAAUGGAUUUCGGUGCAAAUCCAUUGAUUAAAAGUCAAGUGGAUGGAAAUGAAAUGGAAAGCUGUCUAGAUGUGGCGUGCAGAUGGGGAAAUAUAAAAGCUGUAGAAGUUUUAUUGAAUUUCUCAAAGUGAAAGAAGAAAGAUAUUUCAAAAGCGAGGAAAUUAACUUCAAACCCAGAAAUAAGGCUUCUGCUAUCAAAUUACAAUAGAAGAUUUUCAAACUACACAGUUUGCUGUUAA